UCUUUUGACAAAAGGAUGAAGUCUCUAUCUGUCAGGGAAGCCGAGAUAUUGCAAAAUAAAAAAGGUCUUCAACUUUUGAACAGCACUUUUUAUAUAAAAAUUAACCCGGUCCUGAAAGGGUUAAUUACACCUGUUACUAAUGCUGGUAUUAAUUAUAGAAUGAAAAAUUUAACAGCAGGAAUUGAUAAAAAUAUUCAAGAUCAAAUUGCUACUUUUCAAACAGAAAGAAGAAUUGUAAUUUUUCAAAAUAAAACUGAAAUUCAUAGAAUACCAUGAAUUAAAAAAAAUGGUCUCAAAGAUCCAAACGCUGCACUUAAAGUCAAUCAAAUUAUAGAUGAAUUAAAAGAUGAUGGGGAAGCUGGAUUAGUUCAUUUAGGUGCAUUAAGUGAAGCAGCCGGACGACCAAUAACAGUAUUAGAUGAAAAUGGAAAUGUCAUACGAACUAUUGGUGAAGGUAAAGAUGGUAAAGCAAUUGAAAUUGAAUAUUGUAAACCAAAUGAAAAUAAUUCUCAAGGUCAUUGGACAUUGCCCGGAGGAAAAGAACCAGAAGGAGAUAUUUAUUCAGGAAAAAAUAAUUGUUUAUUUAAUGUUGUUGCAGCACAAACAGGAAAAGAGCCAAAUGAAUUAAGACAAAAUACUAUAGAACAUAUGGAACGUGAUAAAGAUAAUCUUGCAAAUCAAACACAAGAUAUUAAACGAUUAGAAGAAUAUAAAAAACAUAAAUUAACUAUGGGAGGAGCAAAAUAUAUUAAUGGUAAAAUAUUUCUGAAUAAAGAUGAAGUUGAUUCCAUAAUUAAAACUGUAAAUUCCACAUCAUAUGAACGACCAGAUGCCCCAUAUAAAGUAUUUAAUUUGAUUAGUGCAGAAGAUAAUGAUGAAAAAGAUGUUCAAUUAACUAAACAUCAUAUGAUUUCAGAAGAAGAAAUACGAAAAGAUUUUCAAAAAUUUAUUAAAGAAUAUAAAGGUAGUAGAGGGGAUCUUGUAAAAGAAUUUAAUAAUUAUUUAAAUCAUGAAAAUAAUAAAAUUGGAAAAGAUAUAUUUGUUAAAAGUCUUAAAUUAACUAAUAAAAAUUGUGACGUAAAUAAUGAUAAUGGAGAAGUUACUCGACAUUUUUUAAAAGCAGUAUCAUGGCAUUCAAAUAAUAUCAAAAUUGGACCAACAGGAAGUAUAAGAUCAGAUGAUCCUACAGAUUCAAAAGAUAAUAAAUAUAAAAUUGAUACGAAAUUAGCAGUAGAUGAAAAAACAAAAGAAACAUUAAAUAAAUAUGAAAAAGAUAAAAAUGAAAAUAAAUCAAUUAAUAUUUUACGUGUACAAAAUAGUUUAUCAAAUAAUUCUGAACAGUAUGGUUGGUCAGAAAAUAAAUUUACACAACGUUAUCAAGUUGAUAAAACAAGAACAAUUGGUGUAAAUACAAAAUAUUUUAGAAAAGGUGAUAGUGAUUACAGAAAAGUAAAUAUUCAAACUGGUAAAUUUGUUAAAAAAUAA